CCCUUGUUUCAUCUUCAUCAUUCAUAUUUACCAUCUCAGUCACUACCUGUUUGAACUGUCGCCUUCAGGGAGAUGGUUCAGAUCAGUAAACACUAUUUCACUAUUUCUAUGCAAUAUACUGUCCUCUAUGCAAUGACUGUGUGUGUGUGUUAUGUCUGCUACAAAUGUUUUCUAUUUAUUUAUUCUUUUAGAUCUGAGGCAUUGAUUGGAGAGCACUUUUAAUUUUGUCGUACUUUUGACAACAAAUGUCAAACAUUUCUAGAUAGAUAGAUAGAUAGAUAGAUAGAUAGAUAGAUAGAUAGAUAGAUAGAUAGAUAGAUAGAUAGAUAGAUAGAUAGAUAGAUAGAUAGAUAGAUAGUCUAUUUAUCCCAAAGGAAAUUUGGUGCCCAAAUGUUUAAGGUGACUAACUUGCAGCGAAUGAUUCCUAAAUGAGAACGGUUGUUAAUAUAUAUAAUGUUGUGUACUGUAGCAACAUAUGUUUGUGCUCUAUUUAAACAUAAUCGUAUUAUCUUUCUUACAUUUCUGUCUAAUUUUCUUUUUCUUUGCUUUAUUUGUUAUUCUGUACCGAAUGUAUUGUAAUAUACAUUUUCAGACAGUACCCUGUAUAAUUAAGCAAAACGAUUGAUUUUAUUUUUAUUUUUCUCCGUUAAAUUCAUCAUUUAUUGGAUGGUUCGUUUAUUUCACGCUCGCCGCUGCGACUUUUAUUGUGAAGGACAACGCAGAUUCCGGUCUGGAGCUGUUAAAACCUGCACUCUUCAGGCUCAGAGCUGGAUCAUCAGGUGGUCGGUCCAUGCAUUGUGCUCUGCAAUCAGAUCAAGCUGAUCCCAGAGCAGCCGGGUAUCGGGUUUCAGCACCGCGGUCAGCUCCGAGCCCUGCCUCUUCCUCCUCCAGGCCCCGGAGCAUCAGCACAUCAGUGUUGUUCUCUGCGCGACCCCUCCCCCUUUAUAUGCGCUCUCAUGAUAAAUCCCUCCUAUGUGCUACAGGCUGGCAGAGUUGAAAGGCUCGGAAAUCACGCAGAUAACUAGUCUAGUACAACACUUUCAUUGUUCCUGCUCUGAUUGACUCGUGUGAGGGCAGUUUCUGUUUUUUUUUGUUUGGUUUUCUUUUUUCGCGAGAAGCAACAGCCUGAGCCUCUCAUCAGUCAGGGGCUUUUUUUUUUUUUUUUUUUUUUUUUGCGUCUCCACGGCGACUUCCCUUGGAUAUCUCCCUCUGUGGCUGUCACUGAAGCUGAUCGGCAUAUUGUUCCCUACUUUUGCAGUUUCCCUCGGAAGCAGGUAGGUUAUAGUUUUCCGUCACAGCCCCGGCACUAUGUUGGACCCGUCUUCCAGCGAGGAGGAAGGCGAUGAGGUGCAGGAGGUGGAACGCAAAGAGGUGUCGGCCCCGAAGAACCUCGGAGGAGCCCGACUGUCACCGGGCCGAGCCGCCGAUGGUCAUGGCGGCGCAGGACUCCAGCCCCGGGGCCGCGGGAGUGGCGGUGGCCGACCCUCGAGCCCCAGCCCGUCGGUGGGCAGCGACAAGGAGAAGGAGGACCUGGAGAAGAUGCAGAGAGAGGAGGAAGAGAGGAAGAAGAGACUCCAACUGUACGUCUUUGUGAUGCGUUGCAUCGCCUAUCCAUUCAACGCCAAACAGCCCACCGACAUGGCCAGGAGGCAGCAGAAGAUAAGUAAGCAGCACUUGCAGACGGUCAAAGAGCGCUUUCAGGCGUUCCUCAGCGGGGAAACGCAGAUUGUGGCUGAUGAGGCGUUCAUCAACGCCGUCCAGAGCUACUGUGAGGUCUUCCUGAAAAGCGACCGCGUGUCCCGCAUGGUGCAGAGCGGCGGCUGCUCGGCCAGCGACUCUCGGGAGGUUUUCAAGAAGCACAUAGAGAAGCGCGUGCGCAGCCUUCCUGAAAUCGACGGCCUGAGCAAAGAGACGGUGCUGAGCUCCUGGAUGGCCAAGUUCGACACCAUCUACCGGGGGGAGGAGGACCCCAGGAAGCACCAGCAGAGGAUGACGGCCAGCGCCGCCUCCGAGCUCAUCCUCAGCAAGGACCAGCUGUACGAGAUGUUCCAGCAGAUCCUGGGCAUCAAGAAGUUUGAGCACCAGCUCCUCUACAACGCCUGCCAGCUGGACAACCCAGACGAGCAGGCGGCUCAAAUCAGAAGAGAGCUGGACGGACGACUGCAAAUGGCAGAUCAGAUCGCCCGGCAUGGUGUAAGGUUCCCUAGGUUUGCCUCCAGAGAGAUGGAGGCCAUGUUCAUCGAGGAGCUGCGAUCUUCUGUCAACCUGCUGAUGGCCAACCUGGAGAGCAUGCCGGUGUCCAAAGGGGGAGAGUUCAAGCUGCAGAAGCUGAAACGAGGCCACAACACGUCCAUCAUGGACAUGGGCCAGGAGGACGAGAACACACUGUCCAAGUCUGACGUGGUGCUGUCGUUCACUCUGGAGGUGGUGAUAAUGGAGGUACAGGGUCUGAAGUCUUUAGCUCCAAACAGGAUUGUUUACUGCACGAUGGAGGUGGAGGGGGGACACAAACUGCAGACGGACCAAGCCGAGGCCUCAAAGCCCACUUGGGGCACCCAGGGCGACUUCACCACCACUCAGCCGUUACCUGCUGUGAAGGUGAAGCUGUUCACUGAGAGCACAGGAGUGUUGGCGCUGGAAGAUAAGGAGCUGGGCCGGGUGGUGCUUCACCCGACCCCCAACAGCCCCAAACAGUCUGAGCUCCACAAGAUGACGGUGUCUAAAGGCUGCCCGGACAGCGACCUCAGGAUCAGACUGGCCAUUCGCAUGGACAAGCCACAGAACAUGAAGCAUUGUGGGUACCUUUGGGCCAUCGGCAAAAACGUGUGGAAAAGAUGGAAGAAAAGAUUCUUUGUGCUGGUUCAGGUGAGCCAGUACACCUUUGCCAUGUGCAGCUACAGAGAGAAGAAGGCGGAGCCUGUGGAGCUCCUUCAGCUGGACGGCUACACGGUGGAUUACACCGACCCCCAGCCAGGUCUGGAUGGAGGUCGGACGUUCUUCAAUGCCGUGAAGGAGGGCGACACGGUCAUCUUUGCCAGCGACGACGAGCAGGACCGGAUCCUGUGGGUUCAGGCCAUGUACAGGGCCACGGGCCAGUCACACAAGCCGGUCCCUCCCACCCAGGUCCAGAAACUCAACUCCAGGGGCAGCACAGCGCCGCAGCUCGAUGCUCCCAUCUCUCAGUUCUAUGCGGAUCGAGCCCAAAAACACGGCAUGGAUGAGUUUAUUUCAGCUAACCCUUGUAACUUUGACCACGCCUCGCUGUUUGAGCUGGUGCAGCGCCUCACCCUGGACCACCGACUCAAUGACUCGUACUCCUGCCUGGGCUGGUUCAGUCCCGGUCAGGUGUUUGUCUUGGACGAGUACUGCGCUCGCUACGGCGUUCGAGGAUGCCAUCGGCAUUUAUGUUACCUGAGUGAUCUGCUGGAGAGAGCGGAGAAUGGAGCCAUGAUCGACCCCACUCUGCUGCACUACAGCUUUGCCUUCUGCGCCUCCCACGUCCAUGGAAACAGAGACCUCAAAGACUUCCGGGACUCUGACGAACCUGACACGCGUCUGUAUUUCAGGCCGGAUGGUAUUGGCACGGUGACGGUGGAGGAGAAGGAACGUUUCGAGGAAAUCAAGGAGCGGCUCCGGGUGCUCCUGGAAAACCAGAUCACACACUUCCGGUAUUGCUUCCCAUUUGGACGCCCAGAAGGAGCACUGAAAGCCACUCUGUCCCUGCUUGAAAGGGUCCUGAUGAAGGACAUCGUCACCCCAGUCCCACAAGAGGAAGUCAAAGGCGUGAUCCGUAAGUGUCUGGAGCAGGCGGCUCUGGUCAACUACCAGCGCCUGUCGGAGUACGCCAAACUGGAAGGGAAAAAGAGAGAGAUGUAUGAGCAUCCUGUCUUCUGUUUGGCGUCUCAAGUGAUGGAUUUAACUAUUCAGAAUGUAGGCCGGUUAGUCACUCCCGCCAAAAAACUGGAGGACACCAUCCGCCUGGCUGAGCUGGUGAUCGAAGUUCUUCAGCAGAAUGAGGAGCACCAUGCGGAGGGGAAAGAGGCCUUCGCCUGGUGGUCAGACCUGAUGGUGGAACACGCCGAGACCUUCCUGUGUCUCUACUCGGCCGACAUGGACGCAGCUCUCGAAGUCCAGCCGCCCGAUAGUUGGGACAGUUUUCCCCUCUUCCAGCUGCUCAACGACUUCCUGAGGAUGGACUACAACCUGUGCAACGGGAAGUUCCACAAACACCUGCAGGACCUGUACGCGCCCCUCGUGGUGCGAUACGUGGACCUGAUGGAGUCGUCCAUUGCUCAGUCCAUUCACAGAGGCUUCGAGAGGGAAUCCUGGGAACCUGUUAAUAAUGGCUCGGGAACGUCGGAGGAUCUUUUCUGGAAGCUGGAUGCUCUUCAGACCUUCAUCAGAGAUCUCCACUGGCCAGAGGAGGAGUUUGGCAAACACCUGGAGACGCGCCUGAAACUGAUGUCCAGCGACAUGAUAGAAUCAUGUGUAAAACGGACACGUGCAGCGUUUGAGGCCAAGCUUCAGAAGAGCAGCCGGGCCACAGACUUCCGCGUGCCACAGUCCAUCUGCACCAUGUUCAAUGUCAUGGUGGAUGCCAGGGCCCAGGCGGCCAAGCUGUGCGCCAUGGACCUGGGGCAGGAGUUUGUUAGAGACUGGAGACAGUACCACUCCCAAAUUGACAAUCUGAUCGAGGAGACGGUGAAGGAGAUGAUAACUCUGCUGGUAGCCAAGUUUGUGGUCAUCCUAGAGAGCGUGCUGGCCAAGCUGUCCAGAUAUGACGAAGGAACGCUCUUCUCUUCCUUCCUGUCUUUCACUGUGAAAGCUGCCUCGAAGUACGUGGAUGUACCUAAGCCAGGAAUGGACGUCGCUGACGGUUAUGUGACAUUUGUCCGUCACUCCCAGGAUAUGCUGAGGGAGAAGGUCAAUGAGGAGGUGUACGUAGAGAGACUAUUCGAUCAAUGGUACACCAGCACUAUGAACCUUAUAGGAACGUGGCUGACUGACCGUAUGGACCUGCAGCUCCACGUUUAUCAGCUGAAGAUUCUCAUCAGGGUUGUCAAAAAAAAGUACCGUGACUUCCGCCUCCAAGGCGUGCUGGACUCCACGUUAAACAGUAAAAUGUACGACACCGUGAGAAACCGGCUGACCUUGGAAGAAGCCACGGCCUCGGUGAGGGAGGGAGGGAUGCAAGGCAUCUCCAUGAAGGACAGCGAUGAAGAGGACAACGACAACUAGAUCAAAGGGCCUGAAAACUACCGGAGCGGCUAAGCUUUUCACAAGGAGAGGUACACUGCCUGAAAACCCACACAGCCUUUCCACGGGGUCAACAUAGCUCGGCCCAACAUCCAACGAACCCCCUCCAUUGUUUGCUUUUAGUUUUUCAUUCUGUAAUAAUUCCACGUACGAAAACGUCAUAUUCACAGCGACGAUGCUUUAUUUUGCCAGAGUUAUGAGUAAAUAUCUUUCCAGAAUAUGAAAAAGUCACAAGACAUGACAGUAUUUGAGAUUAACGUGGCAAAAACGGUCUUUAUGCCAAGCAGCCUUAUAGAUAAGAGAAAAAAAAAACACAUGUGGAUGCAGCUCUGUGGAGUCUUUGUAGCGGCUCAUGUUAUUUUAGGCUGUUUAGAUGGGCCCCAAACCCCGUUCAUGCCCAUGUUAGGCCACUAUACUGUGAUCCCAAGUGAAAUUGAUGCAGAUAUCUGUCUCUAUUGAAGCCCAACGACAAAACGCAUGAUCAGUGUUUCUCCUCUUCAAGAAACCGCGGUUACUUGUUGGUUUAACACGAGACAUUCCCAAAAGUAAAAUGAGCUUAAACACUUUUUAUUUCUGAAUGGGAACCAGCAAUAUGGAUGACUAACCUGCUCCCACGUUUUACGACCAAGGGUACUGUAUGUCUUGACAAAAAAAAAAAAAAAAGUUGCUUUUGUGCGUUCCAGUGCUGUAAAGAAUGUGAAAAUGGUCACGUAUUAGUUUCUCUGUUGUGGUAUUUUAAAUCAUGCGAGGUUAAUCUCGACAGCAAAAGAAACCGAGUGAAUCGGCGACAGUUAAGUUGAUGGUCGCAAAAGUGGAAUUAUCUUUAGUAACAGAAUGACAAAAGUUCACCUGCAGUUCAGAUUUUGUCAGUUUUAUUUCGUGGACCAAAUAACUCCUGCCUACUUAGCCUAACACAAACUUUGUGAGUCAAAGUGUUUGCAUGAGUGGAACAAAAAACACCUAAUUUCACCCACCCAGCGAAAUGCGGCAGUCCGUUAGUUGUCGUCACUGCUUACUAGUUCCCAGCUAAACCAGGGGAUGAGGUCUAUAUAAUAUGGUAAAUGGUAAAGGGUCUUUUAUUUAUGUAGCGCCUUUCUACCUAUUGGUACUCAAAGCAGUCACAAACACACCUACCCAUUCAUGCACCACUGCCACGCACUUGGAGCAGCUGGAGGUUCGGUUUCCUGCUCAAGGACACUUUGGCGUAAGGGAUCAAAAACAGUCUUUAUGCCAAGCAGCCUUUGUCUUUGUAUCAGGUCUUUGUAGCAGCUUGAUAAAAAAUAUUUCUCCACUCACUUUAUUUUAAGCUGUUAAAUCUGGGCGGACGACCCGUGCCCAUGUUAGGCCACUAUACUGUGAUCCCAAGUGAAAUUGAUGCAGAUAUCUGUCUCUAUUGAAGCCUAACGACAAACGCAUGAUCAAUGUUUCACUACGUAGCUCUACCCCAGCAAGCUACAGCAACAUCUUAAACGAAGUGAUGGAACAGGUUAAAACCUCCACUGAUACGUUCAGACCAAAGGUUUGAAAUGCACAAAGAGUUUAUCUAUUACAGAGUUUAUCUAUUAUCAAGACAAAGGUAGAGAUCGACCGAUAUGGAUGUUUUAGGGCCGAUACCGUUUAGGGCCGAUAUUUGGAGCUGAUACUGCGUUUUCUUCCUCCAUUUACAUGACAAAAAUUAUACAAUGGUAACAUGUUACAAGUCUCAAUUUAACCAAAAACAUGAACAUUUAUUGAACUGAAAGAAUAUUUUAAGGUCUUAUACACACAAAAAAUAAAAAAUAAGCUCAUUGGCAGAAUUUAUCUUUAGGAAUUAGGCUUUAACAUCAACACAUAUUCCUACCAAAAGCUUAACAACAACACAACAGCUCCAGUCUAAACUGUGGACAGUGGUUCAUAUACAACCUGCAUGACCACACGACCAAAAGAUAAACAUGAUAAAGAGCAUGAACUCUGCCAGUGGGGGAGGGGCCAUGUAUGGGCUGCAUGGGUCCGCAGCGUCUCCAGCAGUUUAGGGCUGCCUGUGGAUGCGCCUGUCUGUAAAUUCUGCCAAGGAAAAAAAAUAUAUGUGUAUCAUCGAACGCACCCGUGUAUCGGCCGAUACCGGUAAAAAAAACACAAAUAUCGGUCCGAUAUAUCAGUUGAUAUCCCUUUCUGUGCAGCAGAUACAGGAGAGAGAGAGUGACGUUUAAUAAAACAGUAUAACGGACCCCGAGGACUCCGGGGACCCCAGUUUGAGCACAAAGUGGACAAAAAAAACAACUAAAAUUCAUGUGUGGAUAAAGCGUACACUGAUUUAUGCUGAACAGACCUAGAAUCCAAAGUAAUAAUUAUAGGAACACAGAGAGUAGGAACGUAAACUAAUGAGGAUGUGACUCACUCAGCGUUCUUAAAGCUUCUGGUACGGAGCUGGUUUUAAAUGACAGAUUUAUCAGAUUUAAUAUGCCAAUUAAGACCGGAACAUUCCUGAGCAACCUGGACGGAGGACGGAGCCUUUAAAGAAGCGAUUGUGUGGAAGACGUUACUACUGACAGCUAAAGGAAUAGACGGCUCGACUCCUAAACAGCCUCGAUGAAGCUCUGAAACUAAAUCCGGGCUCGAUUUCCUCCGUUAAUGAUGAAUAAGCUUUUUUUUUUCUUUUUUUUUUUUUUGAAUGUUAUUAAAACAUUCUUUCCAGCUUCCGUGAUGCCUGUAAUAUAAAUGCCACAUGUCAGAAGAAUAUUAACUGAGAGUGUGAUUAAAACAGUGAAAGUUCACAUUUUGAAAAUACCCAGUUUAGUCCGAUGAGUUAAAAAGCAGUAGUUAUUACUGUCAUGUCAACGGUUGAUGUUCACGCCAAGUGGAAACUGAGGGAGGGGCAGUGCUACGUGCUACAUGCUACAUGCUACAUGCUAUUAUGGAUUUGAACUCAUCCUGUUUAAAUCCAGUGUUUUUUUUUUUGUUUGUUUGUUUGUUUGUUUGUUUUUUGAGCUCGAAGCCUGCUGAAUAAAAGUGGUCAGAAAAAACAAUAAGGAGAACUGUCUUCUGGAGAGUAGCCACAAAAAAUGAUUCAAGGUGUUCAGCAGGUUGAUGGAUUGACUUUUAAUCAACUCUCAAUAAGACAAGAUUAAGCUGUAAUCAGCCUUAAACUUGCACAAGGAGCUAAUGAAACAUUUUGCCUGAUUUCUUCAUAAACCUGAUGCCUCUUUCUUUCUUUCUUUCUUUCUUUCUUUCUCUCAGUUAAUAGAUAAGUUAGAAAGGCAAUACACAUGUAGUUUAGUUUCUAACACUGUUUUCCACACAUUCAUUUAAUGUUUAGUAGAAGUCAAAUAUCAUUUAAAUGCUUUAUUUUCCAUCUAUUAUAGACACACAUUCACACACUGUGUUUUAUUCCAGGAUGUAUGAAGGAAUCAAUCCAUGUUAUUGUUAUUUUUCUUUUUGUUUUUUUAAUGGAUUAUUGGGAAGUGAAACCUGCCAGUACUUUCCCUCUGUCGGCUGUUUUCUAUACUGUACUCCUAGAACUGUGUGUCAUCCCGUGUGCAAGUAAUGCAUGUCCCCGAUAUUCACUCCCCGAAGUGUUUUUGCUCCAUGUGUGAAAUUAGUGGUGGGUCCACCAUGCUAAAGAAUAUUUAAAUAAAGGUGAAUAGCAAAUGUGAAAA